AUGGCUGAACUAAUCCCCGGCCAUGUGGUCACUCUCACCGACGGUCGGCAGGCCACCGUUCGGUUUGUGGGCACGACACAUUUCGCGCCUGGCGACUGGGUAGGCAUUGAGCUCGAUGAUCCCACGGGGAAGAACGAUGGCGCCGUACAAGGCGAGAGGUACUUCGACUGCGAGCCGGGAUUCGGCAUGUUCAUUCGUCCCACUGCCGUCGACGCGAUCAUUGAACAACCGCCCGCACGGCCACCACCCAAACCCGCCGCUCCGAAAGCUAUCACCACCGCUCAACCCACUCCGGCCCGAGGGAGAGCUCAGAGCGGCAUCGCUGCUGGCCUCAAGAAGCCCAAUGCGAUAUCAACCGCCAACACCAAACGACACAGUGCCGGUGCGGCAAGCCCGACUUCGGCCCUGCGAGGCGCCGCUCAGCGCUUGUCAACAAAGUCUCCUACGAAGUCUCCGACGAAACAACUGUCAGGAUCUGGGCUUUCAUCCAAUCGUUCCUCUCUUAGCAGCACUCCGCGACCCGCCGCAGCCACCCCCAAAGCUCGCCCGUCUAUAAGUUCCAAGACGUCUAUGCCCCCUCCACCGCUCCCAUCAGCAAUCAAUCGCGCCUCCCGCUCAUCGAUAUCAACACCCGCAUCCAAGACAAGAAGACCGAGUUUGCACGCUACCGCAUCUGCGCCCACGGGGCUGGCGAAACGCCCCGCAGUGCGACCAACGGGCCCCAGCAGAGCGUCGGAAGAUGUGGAGGGUGAAACAAGUCCUUUGUCAGAGGAGCUCGAUGCUGAAACACUGGACGUCGAGGGCUACGGGGAUCAGGAGGAUCCGAGUCUCAGGUCUACUAGGCCUAGCCCGGGCGCCUCACGGACGGUGAGUGGCAGCCAAAAGCAGCCACAGCCUUCGUCGCAGCGUCUUUCGACCGGUGGCGCUGUAUCACGAGACCUCGAUGAAUUGAAAACCAAGCUUCGAGUAAUGGAGAAGAAACGGGCCGACGAUCGCGAAAAGCUCAAGAACCUGGAGCAAUUGCAGUCGGAUCGAGAUAAGUUUGAGAGCAUCAUCCAGAAGCUGCAAGCAAAAUACCAACCUCAGCAACUUGAGAUCAGCGAAUUACGCAAGAAAUUGAAGGAGUCGGAAGCUCGGUUGGAGGAAGUCGAGCGCCUUCAGGCCGAACAUGACUCAAUCCUGGAAAUGGCAACGUUGGAUCGUGAGAUGGCGGAAGAAACGUCCGAGAUGUUCAAGCAUGAAUGUGAGACACUACGACUGCGGGUUGAAGAGCUGUCGCUGGAGGUCGAGGUCCUCCGGGAAGAAAACGAGGAGCUUGGACAGGCCAUGACCCCCGAGGAGAAGUCAAGCCACGGAUGGUUGCAGAUGGAAAAGACGAAUGAGCGUCUCCGCGAAGCUCUGAUCCGCCUUCGUGACAUGACUCAGCAGCAGGAGGCCGAGCUGAGAGACCAAGUCAAGGAGCUUCAACAAGACCUUGAAGACUAUACGGCUAUCAAGUCUCAAUAUGAAUCGACGAAAGAGAAACUCCUUGUGUCUGAGAACAAUGUUGAGGAUCUGAAGCAGCAGCUUGAAACCGCACUGGGCGCUGAAGAGAUGAUUGAAGAGCUGGCAGAUAAAAACAUGCGCUACCAGGAAGAUAUUAAUGACCUUAAGGCUGCAAUCGAAGAUUUGGAGGCAUUGAAAGAGAUCAACGAUGAACUCGAAUACAACCACAUAGAAACAGAGAAACAGCUUCAGGAGGAGAUUGAUUACCGGGAGAGUCAGUACAACGAACAAAACCGGAGAAUUACGCAACAGGACGAGGUAAUCGAAGACCUCGAAUACACCUUGGUCCGGUUUCGGGAGCUGGUCUCUACCCUGCAGGGCGACUUGGAGGACAUGCGCGCAUCACAGCAAAUCUCUGAAGCAGAAGCUACCGAUCUAACCACGCGCUCUCGUGCCAUGAUGGACCUCAACCUGAAGCUUCAGGCAUCUGUUUCCAAGGCGCAAACCAAGACAAUCGAUAUUGAACUUGGUCGUAUGGAGGCGGAGGAAGCCACACAGCACUUGUCAAUCCUCAAAUUGUAUCUCCCAGAGUAUUUUGACAGCGAGCGUAAUGCCAUCCUUGCGCUUCUCCGGUUCAAGCGUGUCAACUUCAAGGCCUCACUGAUGAAUAACACUAUCCGCGAAAAGGUUGCAGAGCAAGCCUCGGUGUCUACAGCAAUCGAAGAGGUAUUUGUGGCGAGCGAAGUAAUGGAGAAGUUGCAAUGGAUUGCUGCUCUUUGUGAUCGUUUCGCCAACUACAUUAACAGCUGUUCAGCCGAGAGUUUUGGCAGCAUGGCAGGCGCUCUGUUCGAGCUCGAGCCCGUGGAACGCACCUUGAACUUUUGGAUUGAAGGGUUGAAAAAGAAUGAAAUCAACAUGAAGAAGUGCGCAGUUGAGCUACAGCGGUCUAUUUCUCUGCUCGCCCAUCUUGCUGAAACCCUCCUGCCGACGACUUUGGAAACAUUUGCGGACGAACUUUGCAUGCGCUCCAUGCUGGCUCAGUCUUACGUUGAUCACAGCGCUUCGACCAUUUCGCGGUUGAGGAUCUUAUUGCAGUCAAAGCUUGCGGCACCGGAAGGAGGAGAUGAAGAAAGCGCAUUCCUCUACAACAAAAUGGAAGGGAUUGUCACACAAGCCCGUGGACUGAAAGUCGCUAUGGGAAAAAUUUACCGCUCUCUGGAAGAGCUCCGCUCCAGAUCCCUUGCGCUGUCACCCGAUGUGGCCGGUCCAUUCAAACAAGCCGAAGAAGCAGCCAAAGAUCUCUCCGCUUUAACCCGACAACUCGGCGAGACAAUUGUAAUCAUCAUGAUCGACGAAAGCAGAACCGAGCCUCUAACGCUAGACGAGGCGCUCAAGACGAUGUCCCAAAUCUCCACACUCUAUGCACAGCCAUCAGAAACGGGCAGCGAAAGCAGCGACGCGACCUCCCUUAUCUCCAACCGGUUGCGCAGCCUGGGUGGGUUCCUCGAGGAGCUCGACUCAAUCACAUCCGAUCUGUCGGUCACGUCUGAGUUCGAGAAGCGACCGUCGCCUUGGACCAUCCGCGCGGAGGAACUCAAAUCCAACAAACAAAACUCCCCAGACGCGGAAGAGGAGAUCCGACGGCUCAAGAACGAGAUCCACGAAGCCUCGACCGCCCUAGGCGUGAAGGACAAGACCAUCGAGGAGCAGGCCAUCAAAGUCGAACUGGUCGAGUCUCGGAUGCGCGACGCCAGCAAAAAGGCCUCGAUGGUAAAAGACCUAGAGGCGAAGAUCGAAGAGCUCCAGUCGGCACACUCGGGUCUGGAAUCCACUCUGCACCAACAGCGCGCGGGCAUCGAAGCCCUCGAGGCCGAACGUGACGAGCUCAAGACCCGCUUGGAUAAGGUCAAGCGCAUUUCUGGCACGACAGGCGCCACGACGACCGCGGAAGGCGGCGUGGUCAUUGACGCCGGCCUUUCGCUCGCCACGAUGCGGGAGAACGAAGCCCUCCGCGCCGAGGUCGAGAGCCUGCAGGCCGCCGUGCGCUACUUCCGCGAGGAGCACCGCCGUGCCAACAUCCUCGACCCGUACUCGAUCCAACGCUCAGCGGACCUGCACUCCUGGCUCGACGUGCCCCUGACGCAGAACCACGUCUCCUCCCCACGUCGCGAAAAGAUCCAACACACCGCCUCCGAAAGCCGCGACGUCUUCACGCACCUCCUCAAACUGACCCAGGAAUCGCACAUCUGCGACCUGAAGUCCACCGCUCCUCCGACAACCAGCACCACCACAACACCACGGGUCACAUGGCGCCCCAGCAAGACCAAACUCCGUUACCACGUCCUCCAGCAGCGCGAGAACUUCGAGCAGUGGGCCGACUGGCGCGACGAGAUCAUCAGCCAUGAACGCGAACAGGACCGCGUCGCCACGGCCAAGAAGGAGCGCCUCGCGCGGCGAUACCACGCCGCCACGAAAAGCUCGGUCUACGGCGCCGCGGCAGGGUUCUCCCAGGGACUCGGGCAUGGCAUGAUGGGUCGCGCGUGGCAGAUCCUGGGAGGCAUGGAGCACGAUGGUGCGGGCGGUCGCAAAGCCGGUGGCGGGGAGAGAGGUACCGUGGUUGGUGGGCUAGACAUGGGCGUGGGGUCUUCUUUCUAGAUGUCAUCGU